GUGACUAAACCGGCUGAAGAAGAGCUGCAUAUGGCAGUUAAAGCAGUUAAAGCAGCGACAGACGGAGCCGCACCCGCAGCCAGCUCUGCCACUUGUUUUCUGCAGUCAUGGCUCCGAAGAGGACUCGACGCUUUCUCCUCUUCCUCCUCUUCCUCUUCCUGUGCUGUUUACACACCUGCCAGUCAGUUCCAGGUAAAGAUGCAUCUGUUUGUUUACCUGUCCGGUGUUUUCACCGGCUGAAAACAACACGCUCGUCAUGCAGAAAGGAUGGAAGAAGCUUCCUGGGCGAGGAGGAGUCGGACGGCAGCGUGAAGGUCACGCCGCUCGCCACGCGCGUCCUCAGCAGCCGCCUCACCACCGUCUUCCUCCCCAUCGUCUACAUCGUGGUGUUCGCCGUGGCGCUGCCCACCAACGCCAUGGCGGUCUGGGUGUUCCUCUUCAGGACCAAGACCAAGAGCCCGUCGUCCAUCUUCAUGGCCAACCUGGCGCUCUCCGACCUGCUCUUCGUCAUCUGGAUCCCCUUAAAGAUCGCGUACCACUUCAACAACAACAACUGGAUCUACGGCCCGGGUUUGUGCAAAGUUCUGGUGGGGUUCUUCUACGGGAACAUGUACUGCUCCAUCGCCUUCAUCACCUGCAUCAGCGUGCAGCGCUACUGGGCCGUGGUGGACCCGCUGUCCCACCGCCAGAGCAACAACUGCUUGGCGGUCUGCGUCUGCGUCGCCAUCUGGGUGGUGGUGUGGCUCGCCACCAUCCCGCUCUACGUUUACGACCAGGAAGUCAGUAUAAAACACCUCCACAUCCGCACCUGCCAUGAUGUCACCAAGCAGAGCCACAAGAAGAUAGCGGCGGGCUACUUCCUGACGAUGGGAACGCUGGGGUUCCUCGCUCCAACCGUGGUGUGCGUCGUGUCCUACGUCCUCAUGCUCAAGUCCCUGAGGAACUCCAUGGCGGACCCAACCAUCGCCAAGAGGCGCCAGAAGGCGGUGGUGUUGAUCAUCACCGUGGUGGUGAUGUUCCUGGUGUGCUUCACCCCCAGUAACAUCAUGCUGCUGGUGCACCACAUCCAGCUGUUAGCCACGUCUCAGGACAGCCUGUACGGGUUCUACGUCACCACGCUGUGCCUGGCGAGCCUCAACAGCUGCUUCGACCCGUUCAUCUACUACUUCAUCUCCGAGGACUUCAGGGAGCACGUGAAGAACACGUUCCUCUGCAGGAGCGAGCGGACGGUGGAGAGGAUGAGGAUCUCCUUCAGCGCUCUCAAGUACUCCAAGAAGUCCAACACGUACUCGUCUUCGUCGUCGGGGAACACUCGCAGCACCGACUGCUAGCGCUUUAGCUUUAGGCUAAUAAUCAGGCAUGUUAAACUAUUCCA